AUGCUAAACGAAUUGAUAAAUGAUUCUGGAUGUCGUUUGGUUGGUAGCAGCUGUGGAGAAAAUAUGGUACUCGAAAUAUUUUCAAAGCUCAAUGGAUCAUGCGUUGACAAAUGUGUUUGUGCAUAUAACUCUGUGGAAAAUGAUAUAGGAUGCGUCAAGUGUGAUUGGGAGGAGGAGGACGUGGAUGAUGCGGAUGAUAAUAAUGAUGAUAGCGAUAAUAGUGUUAAUGAUGGCGGUGUUGAUGAUAACGCUUAUUUGACGGCUAGGAAAGAAUACCAUCUUGGCGAAGAAAUUUCUGAUCUCGGUUGUCGUUUAAGAAAUCAUGAAUGUGGAAUCAAUAAGAAAUUUAUUGCUGUUGAAGAAUUUUCUACCGAACACGAUCCAAAUAUUAAGGGAUGUAUCGAACGCUGUAGCUGUAUUUUGGCGGAAGCUGGUGAUUGCAUGCAAAAUUUCUAA